AUGAAGGGACAUAAUUAAGAAUAGAGUGCAGACUAUAUUUUUAAGUUCAUUUUAAUAGGAAAUUCAAGCACUGGCAAAACUUCGAUAUUGUAAUACUUCAUAAAAUAGAAUUGUACAAUAUUUAUCAUAAUUUUGAUCAACUUUAAUAGCAAGAAAGAAAGUUCAAUAAACAGUGGGAAUUGAAUUCUAAUCCAAAUUUUUCGUAUACAAGAACAAAAACAUCAAAUUAUAAAUAUGGGACACUGCUGGAUAAGAGAGAUUCCGUUCAAUCGCCAGAACUUAUUUUAAGAAUACCAUAGGAGCAAUUCUAGUUUAUGAUGUGACAAGGUAUGUCCAUCGAUUCGUCUAUUAAUAGUUAAGACUCAUUUGAAGCAUUAGAUGAUUGGAUUAAGGAUGCAAGGGAAAAUGGGAAGAGCGAUCUAGAUAUUAUUGUAGUUGGCAAUAAAAUCGAUUUGAUAGAUUAAAGAGUCGUUGAUAAAGAUUAUGCUGAACGAGAAAUGAAAAACAAAGAUGUUCUUUAUGUUGAAACAAGUGCCAUGACUGGAGAAAAUGUUGAUAAAUGUUUCUAAGCAUUGAUUGAUUAGAUCUGCAAUAAAAUUGAUAAAGGUAUAAAGUACCUCUUAGGAUAGGUCAAAUUGAAAAAGAUGAAUUCAAUCCACAAUUAAAAAACCCUUUAAAGCAAAACCUAAACAAUAAAACUAACAAUGUUUAAAGUUAAAGUUGCAAUUGCUGAUUUUCUAUAAUUAUUAGUGUG